ACGUACUAUGUCCAGGCACUGGACCGCAUCCAGAACAAUGAGUCCGCGAUCAAGCCCAUUCUGCUCGGCAACCUGGAGGGCGACGGGACUAUCUGGGCACUCAGCUUCACCACCCUCCGGGCCGUGCUCGUGUUGUACCUGAAGCAGUUCGCGGACAACGUUACGGACGACCAGGUCUGCACACUGUACCCUGGCCAGAACAACACCAUCAUCAUGGCGGACUUUAUUUGUGAUUGGCAGUACAGGUGCCGUGCAUCUCUGUGGGCGAAGGCCUUCAUUGACCAGGGCGAGAAGAACGUGUUCCGCUACACCUAUGGUGUGUGGUAG